CAAGAGAAAUAAAAGAAAGUAUCAGUAAAGAUGGUGGCUUUGAAGGACGGAGCUAAGCAUUCUUAACGGUCAAAUGUCUAAAUUAGCUGUGAAUAAGACGUGUAAAGUUAAUCAACAUGUAAAUGUCGAUUCACGAGGAUUCAGUUCGAUGUAAAUAAAAGACUUGCAAGUAAUCUCAAGGAAAAGAAUUUGGAAAAGCAGUCAAACAAGACAUUGACAAGACAGAGUAACCUACUCUACCUGUUUGUACAAUUUGCGUUAAGAAAAUAAAACACAUGAUGAGAGAAGGAAGAAGGACCGAUAUUGUCUUCUUCGCUAAUCAGAAAGUAAGAGCAUGGAUAAGCUAUUGGUCGAGAGAGCGAUAGAGUCUAUCGUGUUUAUAAAGCGAUCCACAACGGCUAUUAUUUCUCUUCCCCUCUUAACGUAUCUGGCGCAUAAUCUGCAUUUUAGAUGCAGAUUUGGGAGCAACUUUCCACCAGUAGUUAAAUAAACUUAAUGACAUGAAAGAAUGAAACGAGAUACCGUCAUUACCUGUGUGGAGCCAAACCGAAGAGCUAAAACGAUGACAACUAUAUUGGAUGGCAGCUAUCAACAGCUCGAGUCUUAUGACGAGGGUGAGGGUGAUGGCGACAAUGAUAAUGAACAAGAAGAAACGCCUCAAGAAUCAGGUGUUAUGAUACAUGUAGUACCGGAAGGAAACAAGGCCAGAUGGAAUCAUAUAGAAGAUUUGGAUUCAUUCUUUAUGAGAAUGUAUCAUUAUCAUCAAAAGCAUGGCUUCAAAUGUAUGAUGCUCGAAGAAUUUUUUGAAUUACUAGAAAUCAUUUUCAUAGUCACUGUCUUCACGUUCCUCUUACAUUGUGUCAAUUAUCCUGUAUUACUUGGAUACGAAGACAUCCAGCACAAAUUAACAAUCCCCGAUGUCCUAUUUUCAUCCGAGGAAUGUUUAGCUUCCAUAGGAUGGGCCACAUGGUUCUGCAUUUUAUUUGCAGCUAUUUAUUUGACUUUAAGCAUCGUUAAAGUUCUCUAUCAUCUCAUUAAGUUCUGGGAUAUUAAAUUAUUCUUUAAUGAAGCAUUAAAAAUUGAUGACGCGGAUUUAGAUAAUUUUACAUGGCACGAAGUUCAAAGUAGAGUAAUAGAAGUUCAAAAGGAACAGGAAAUGUGCAUCCAUAAAAGAGAGCUAACGGAAUUAGACAUAUAUCAUAGGAUAUUAAGAUUUAAAAAUUAUGAGGUGGCUAUGAUCAACAAAUCCUUGUUACCUCUCAAAUUUAAAAUCCCUAUAUUUGGUAAAAUUACUUUUUUGACUAAAGGAUUGAAAUAUAAUAUUGGAUUACUCUUAUUCUGGGGACCAUGGUCGCCUUUUGAAAAUAAUUGGCACUUAAAGGAAGAAUAUAAAAAAUUAAAUAAGAGGCAGGAACUGGCGCGAGCAUUAUCGAAACAAAUUCUAUGGAUAGGAAUAGCUAAUUUCCUACUAUGCCCAUUAAUUCUUUUAUGGCAAAUCCUUCAUUUAAUUUUUAGCUAUGGCGAGCUAGUAAAGAACGAACCAAGUACUUUGGGAUUAAGAAUGUGGUCUCCGUAUGGUCGAUUGUAUCUUCGUCAUUUCAAUGAACUCGAUCACGAAUUAAAUGUUCGAUUAAAUCGUGCUUAUCAUCCUGCUCAAAAAUAUAUGAAUUUAUUUACCUCCCCAACAACUACGGUCGUGGCCAAAUUUUUUGCAACAACAUUUGGCUGUCUGUGUUUCGUUACUUUGUUAUAUGGACUAAUAUGGAAUACUAUCGUACAUGUUGACCACAUGAUAACAAUAGCAACGUUUUUGAGUUUUGUUGUAAUCGGUGCAAGAAGACUCAUACCCAGUGAAAAUUUAGUAUGGUGUCCAGAUGCAUUGUUGAACGGUGUUUUGGCGCAUAUACAUUAUAGCCCUGACAGUUGGCGAGAUACUGCACAUACACAAAAAACAAGAGCACAGGUAGCUGUACUCUUCCAACAUACCAUUGUGCAUUUACUGGAAGAAUUGAUAUCUCCUUUAGUAACACCAUUUAUUUUGUGCUUCCGCAUAAGACGCAGAGCUUUAGAAAUUGUAGACUUUUUUCGUAAUUUUACUAUCGAAGUAACUGGAGUCGGUGAUGUAUGUAGUUUCGCUCAAAUGGAUAUAAGAAAACAUGGAAAUCCAGCUUGGCAAACUGUUGAUCAGAAUCCUAUAGAUAAUCGUAAUACAGGAUACGAUAAUCCAGCGUGUAACAUUAAUGUAGGAAAGUUGGACGUUAAAGAGCCGGCUGAGGAUGGUAAAACGGAAUUAUCCCUGAUACAUUUUACUCUAACCAAUCCAGAAUGGAAGCCGCCGAGUCACGCAGAAAACUUUGUUACGGCAUUAAGAGAGAGAGCUAAGAGGGAUAUUAAUAGUGUACCAACCAUCGAAAACCCAUUGAUUGCAAGUUUAACUAAUGUAUCUGAUUUAGGACCUCAAUACGACGGAAUAGUAUCAAAUCUAUUUCGAAGUAUGACAAACCAACAAAGUAUUCCAAAUAUGAGCAGCGCACUUAACUACCAGUCUGAUGGUAAUUUAGAUGUUUCGGUCCCAAUUAACUUAGCAUCUACCAGUCAAAGUAUAUCGCGUUACCAAUAUUAUGGAGUCACAAGAGCUGAAGGUCCAUUGCACAGUGAUAAAAGAUUCAUGUAUGGACUGCAACAGAGUAUAUCAAACAAUUCACUUGGUGCAUCCAUUUUUGGAUCUGGAAACGAAGUAGUUAUAAAUAAGUCGGUACCGACAGACUUAAUUGCAGCUGAUAUGUCUUUAUCUACAUUGUACCUGCAUGAGCUUCAUCACAAACAAGUAUAUGAUCGAGGGAAUCAUCAAGAAAGAGUUACAAGAAAUGUUUGGCCGCGAAGUCCAGUUCAAGAAUUAGAAACGCUUUCUGAAGUCAGACAAGAAAGAGCUCCUUUACUUUUACAUCAGGAUUCUUCUAUUAGAAAAAAUAAAGAAUCCUAGCGUAAUGGUUGUGUCGAGGUCAUUCAAAUGAAAACUUUUAACUAAUUCACCAUGCUAUUACUGGCUUAGAUGAAUUAUGAAUUUUUUUCUUUCAUUUGUUUUGUCCUUUUUAAUUCUCUAAGAAAGACUUUAUAAAGCUGAAGUUUCUAAUGAUAGAAAAAUAUACUUUAGAUGCAUAGUAAGUCGCCCGAAAAUUAAUAGCUUUGAUAAUAGCUUGGCUCUCUUUUUUCUCCUUUUUUUUUCUAAUUUAUCCUUACAAUUUAAAUUUUAUAACUAUAUUACAAUUCAUAUAAUUUUUUUGUUUUUGUUUUUAUAUAGAAUAGAUUUAUGUAAUCGAAUAUUGAUAUUACUAUUAUUAUGUAACACAUAAAGGAUUUUCGCUGAAGAAUUCAACGAUAUAAAAGAACAUUAUAUGCCUAUGCUCGUGGCAAAGGGGGCCUAUUUUUUGUGUGUGCUUUUUAGAUUUCAAUUUAUCAAAAAUAACUCGUCAUUAACGUUCGUUUGUCGUGUGUCUCUAACGAGUUUAAAUAUGUAAUUAGCAUUAGACAGAGAAAAUUAUUCGCAAAAUACGAGAUUGCUCCUUAAAAUAUGAUAGGCUAACUAACAUUGAAUUAUGAAAUAAUUCAUAAUGAUGAUGAUGAUGAUGAUGAUAAUGAUGAUGAUGAUAUAAAUAAUAGAUAGAAAUUACUUCUAUGAGAGUCAACACAGUUAAUUUAACACGUUCAUCGCCCCAUCACUUAUAUUUGGUUGUAAUACAUAGCUGAAUAAAAUUGGGCGACGAAUGUAUUAAAGGAUGCACAUAUACAUAUAUACAUGUAAACAAA